AUGGAUAUUGAUGCUGCUCUUAAAGAAUUAAAAGGACUUAUUUUGUUUCUUGAAGAGUAUAGAGAGUCCAGGCUUGAUAUGGCCAUGGAUGAAGCUAAACAAAUGGCAAGUGAAUUGGGAAUUGAAGCUGUAUUCCGGGAAAAACGCAUCAUUCGAAGAAAGAAGCAAUUUGAUGACAGUGGCACUAAUGAGGUAAUGCAAUCAUCUGAAGAAUCUUUUAGAGUCAAUUACUUCCUCUUUAUAAUUGAUCAAGCUCAUUCUUCACUUCAAACUCGGUUCGAACAAUUUCAAAAAUAUGAAGAAAUCUUUGGGUUUUUAUUUAGUUUGGAGAGGUUAAAGUCUGCUGAUGAUCAUAGUUUAAUGAUGUCCUGUGACAAUCUUGAAAAUUCUUUGACACAUAAUGGCCAUUCAGAUAUUGAUGGAUAUGAUUUAUUUUUGGAGUUAAAAAUCUUGAAGUGCUCUUUACCAAGAGAAACAAAAAGAGCAAUUGAUGUGCUGAAUUAUUUGAAGAAGAUGGAUGGUUGUUUUCCGAAUGCUUAUGUUGCUUACAGAAUCUUGCUGAGUAUACCAGUUACAGUUGCAUUUGCAGAAAGAAGCUUCUCCAAGUUGAAGUUGAUCAAGACUUAUCUUCGAUCAACUAUGUCACAAGAAAGAUUGAAUGGAUUGGCUAUGUUAUCAAUUGAGAAAAAAGUGGUUGAAAAACUUGAUUACACAAACUUAAUUACUACGUUUGCCUCCAAAACUGCAAGGCGAGUGGUAUUUAAGUAA